AUGGCCGCCGACAACCCUUCCACCGACAACGGUUUCACUCGCCCUGAGAUGUACACUGAGAACCUCGCCGGAACCGUCGACGCUUACGACCGCCACGUCUUCCUCUAUUACAAAAACCAUCUUUCCUGGCCUCCACGUGUCGAGGCUUCCGACGACCAUCCUCUCCCUAAACUCGUCGCCGCCACCAUGAAAGCCCGUAAAAACGACUUCACUCUUAAGACCAAAAUCACUGUGUGCGAAGCGCGUGAGGAAGCUGGCUUCUCCGACGGUGACGUUUUGAUUUUCCCUGAAAUGAUUAAAUAUAGGGGUUUGGUGGAGUCAAAUGUUGAGAGCUUUUUUGAAGAUGUUUUGGUGAAUGGUAAACCAUGGGCUAUUGGAGUGCCGGAGAUUUUAACCGGUUCACAUGUUUAUGUAUGUGCUCAUGGAAGUCGUGAUGUUAGAUGUGGUACUUGUGGGCCAGUUCUCAUCAAUAAUUUUAAUGAGGAAAUUGAGCUUCGAGGUCUGAAGGAUCAGAUAUCUGUUACUGCUUGUUCUCACAUUGGGGGGCACAAAUAUGCUGGGAAUGUAAUCAUAUACAGUCCAGGACCUGAUGGGAAAACUACGGGUCACUGGUACGGUUAUGUUACUCCUAACGAUGUUCCUGAUUUGUUGGACCAACACAUUGCAAAAGGAGAGGUCAUACACCGACUUUGGAGGGGCCAAAUGGGGCCGUCUGUUCCAGAGGGGAAGGGAGCAACUGACCAGAAACUUUCUAAUGGAGAACUUGCUAAUGGAGAACAUGUCGACAAGACUGAGAAGAGUAUUGAAAGUGCCAGUGUGAACCGGGAAGAAAAUGUGACCGGAUGUUGCCAGGGUGUUAAUGGGGUUUCUUGUUGCAGUUUUCCAAUUCCUGCACAAAACAACAAGACUAAAGAGAGGAAAAUCUGCAAGAAUUGGCCUACAUUGAAGGAGAGUGAUGUUCUCACAGCUGUUGGUGUGCUUGGAGCUCUGGCUGCUGUUGCUGUGGCUUACAAACUUUACAGAAGGUCAGGCUGA